AUGGACUGCAAAAGACCGGUCCUAGGGGGUUCGGUUCGGUUCCCUCAAUAUCUGGGUCGGUCCUGGACCGGUUGCGGUCCACGGUUGCGCGUUUUCGGGGCAAAAAACCGGACUGAACUGAACCUUUACACACUAAUCACGAUCAAUCCCUUCCAGACGUUAUGGUGA